GCUUGCGCCCGCAUCCGUACCGCGUACCCAACGUAUCUAACGUAACCCAACGGAUUUGAACGGACUAAACUGGACCCAAACGGACCACGACGUGAACAGUGAACCAGUGAUCUAUCUGUGCCUGUCUUGUGUCUCCCUGGUAUUCAGCCCAGGACGCGAGUGACGCUUGUGACAGUUGACAAAGUGUAUAAUGUUUUGGAUUUGACAACAACAUUCACCGCUACCCACAAUAUCUCUGCAAUCUUACAAUCAGCGCGGCAGGGUGGCGGCAUCUAAGUAUGGUGGUGGUGGGGUCUCUGUCGGGUCUGGCGUCGCGGUAAGGCGCGGCAUGAAGUGCACCGGCGUGGCGGGCGGUGGGCCCCCCUCCAGUGAGCUUUUGCUGGGUGCCUGCUGGUUUGACCCAAAGCACGAGGCCUCUUCUCCCCCUUGCCACGAGCUUCUCGACUCUUUACUCGCUCCUCCACCCCUGGCGGAACUUAAACCACUCCCGCCCUUUACUGGCUACACUGGACACCUCUCUAUUAAUGGAAUUUCCGGUCAUCACUUUCAUGCUAUUGCUCAACGUCUUCCAGAAGAGAACAAUAAUUACCCUACUCAGAGUGGCUACGGUGAUAAUGAGGUAGUCUCGUCUUCCACUUGCGCUACUGACUCGGAACCACCCGACCUAGAGGAUGUCAAACCGUUUCCCUUAGAUGUAUCUGAUACAAAACCAUUUGCAGAAUCUUCUGGCCCAGGAGCGCCCGAUUCUUGUGCUCAAUCUUGCUCGCCGCCAGCAAAACUUUUCGAUGAUGCUCCUAAACAAGAAAUGUAUGACCUAAGUUCAAUAGAAGAUAUAGCGGCUAUCAUAGGAUCUGCUAUCGCAGACACUACUGUACCUUCCCAGCCAGAGGAUCCUGAGAGAAACGAUUCGAGAGAUAGUUGGAUGGACAUAGACAUGACAUGGAUAACUAGCGCCAGCAGUCAACAAGGGGAAAAAAUGCCAAUCACACAAGAUCUUUCAGACUUGGGUCUAUCUAUCUCUCCACCACCCACCCAAACGAAUCACCAACCUGGUUUAGAUUAUCCUAGUAAAAACCAUAAGUAUUCAAAAACCCAAGAGUUUUUUCAAAAUAAUUUUGGACAAGCUGGGUCAACGCUUCAGAAUUUACUAACUCAGGGUUAUAUGCCGUUGCUACAAAAUCGAUUACAAAAUGGUCCACCAGUCAAGCAAGAAGCACCUAGCUCGACUAGCUAUGGAAUGGAGGUGAUAUCAACAUCUUCACCUCCUGGUAAUGCUGUUUCAACGACAGAUGGAGUGGGUGGCCUGUUGAAUGGAAGAUAUGGCCCUCAUUACGGACUGAGUUUGAAACCGGAUGGUCUUUGCAGCCCUGAUAGAUUGCUGGGUUAUCCUCACGCUCACACCACAACGAUAACUACUUCUAGUAAAUCAAAACGAAGUCGAGCAAAGGCAAAACAAGGAAACAAUGGCGGAAGUUUACAUGGAAGUUCUCUGGCAUUUUCCUCGGCAACCUCUGCUGAGCUCAGCGGGCUUUUAGGAAAAGAGAAACCAGUGCAUAGGUGCGGGAUCUGCAAUAGAGGGUUCUUGAAUAAAUCUAAUAUAAAAGUGCAUCUUCGAACGCAUACUGGAGAGAAACCAUUCAGAUGCGACGUGUGCGCAAAGGCGUUUAGACAGAAGGCUCAUCUGAUAAAACACCAGCAAAUUCAUAAACGGAUCGGAAGAGACUGAGCCGAGUCUAACUGAAAAGCAUUUCGUAGGUUGUAGUUGUGUGUUUGUGAACGUGUGGUUAAAAUCUAUCUAGACUAUUGGAUAUUAACGGUCAUUCUUCUAACACAGUUAGCGAUUUAAACCCUUUAGUUAUUAUCCUCCUAAGGAAAAGUGCAAUGUUAUCUAGUUUUAAGCUCUUCAGAUUUAUAAUGUAGAUAAUAUUGUUUUUAAUUUUGUUGUGUAGUUAAGUUUACGUUCAUUGCGUGUCGUGUAUGAAAUGUAUGUUAAUCGAUUCAUUCCGAUUGAGUAAUGUAUGAACGAAGAACGGUGUCUCCUUGACUCUUCAAAUAAUUUAUAUUUUUCAUGUGUGAAUGCUUACUCCGAUUACCUACUUAUAGUCAAAUAAUAAAAGAUAUUAAUUAGCGUUAUUGUAUAUUAUAGGUACAUUGUAUAAUUUUAUAAACAAAGACAAAGCUCACGAGGCUAAACGUUUAAAACACUCACCGUUGAGUUAUAGUUUGUAUUAUCUCAUUAUUAAUUAUUGUUAACAUAUAAUUAAAAUGUAUUUCUCAGUUUUCUCAACAUUAAUUUUAGAAAAAAAAUCUUUGUCUUGACUUCAUUCAUGCAUCGCCUUCAAGUAAACAUUCCUAAUUAAUUAAAUAAUAACAAUUGAUGGCCCCGAGAUCCUUGCAGUGCGCAGGCGCAUGAGCGGAACAAUCGUGUCCGGGAAAUGAUCGAAAAACUAACUUAAUGUAAUAACAGCGAUCCGUUAUUGCGCAACACAUAACUAGGACACGGAUUAGUAGCAAACUAUUUGUAUCAAUUCAAUUUAAUUGUUACGGUACACUAUUUUUAUAGUAUUAGCCGUAAGUCUAUUUUGCUAGGAUGCCGGCUGAUUGAGAUCUUUAGGGACUGAAAUAUCAUAUAAUUCAGUUAGUUUAACUGUUUUGUCAUACAAAAUCAUUUCUUUUUCCCAUUCAUAAACAUUUAAUAUCGUAGCAGUAUUUUACAUAUUGAACUUUCAUCAACUAUUUCUUCAAAUAUUUUUAUACUUAUUAGGGCAGGGUUUUUAGUUAUAAUUAAAAUUAGCAUUUGAUUUUUUAAUUACUAAAAAUUCAGUUACAUUUGUA